GAGGCAUCGGUGAUCCACUGCUACUAGACGCGUAAUCAUGUUAAGUGAAAGCUUCUUACAUUCCGUCAAGAACCGUUCGAACUGUUUGAACGCACCAGUAAUUUUGCCGCCGUUUGACUUUGGUGUGUACAGUGUGACCGGGUUCUUUGGAUGCUUUCUGAAGAUUUCCUGAGAUCCACAUGUCGCUCUUGUUUUUAGUGUGUUACCUACGAUUUAUUCCAUCCAUUGGCAGUCGGUAAUACAGAUACAGUUUGUAGCAAUCUCAUCUGUACGGUUACUGAGGUUACAAGUUUUUGAGGCAGGAUCAUUUUCGAAUUGAAAUAUGAGCAAAGAUCAUAAACCACGCGUUCGCAAACGAGCAACACAUAUUGUAACUGAUUCGAGGCCACGACAUAAUUACGGAAGUGAGAAACCACUGUUUGUCUAUUCAUGUAUCUGUGGUCAAAUGUCACUGAUAAUUGACUGUCUAGUUGAGAAACUACCAAGGCGUCCUAGAGAUGACGCUAGAGUUAUUGAUGGAUCCAAACGUGCUCAUAAAACAACAGCUACGGCUGUUAAUCCACUCACUCCAAUUUAUAUACGUUGGCCAAAUGGAAUAGAGAAGCAGUUCCGCAGGUAUUGCAAAAGCUGUGGAUUACCAAUCUUUUAUCGUCACAGUGCAGAAAAUUCAACGACUGAAUUUAUUAUAAAGAAUGCAUUAAAACUUCAAGAUGAUCAAGCUGCAUUAUCUGCAUCUAUGUUAUGUCCGAAACGACCAACUGCUGCGAAGCAUAUUGAUGAAAGCUCUGCUAAUGCCAGAUUACUCGAAGCAUUAGCUGCUGAGGCGGCUGCCCUACAGCAAAGUGAAGCCUCGAAUAACGCCCCAUUGCGUCGAAGUGUUCAACAACAAGAAACUACUCAAGGCAUUGAUACCGCUGUCACUGUUUCUACUAUUGAAGAUGAAGAAGAGGAAGCCGAAGCAAAAGAAAUAGCAGAUUCGUAUGCAGCCAAUGCUCGUGUCAUUGAACAAGAAAUGAUUCGACGUGGCAUCAUAAAACGCCGUUUGGUUGAUGAGGCCAAUGAAGAGGCUCAACAAAGGCGAAUUCGAGGGACGUUAAUUGAAAAGCAAUAAUUCUUUUCAUAAAGAACAAAAAAUCACUACGAAUCUAUGGUUGAUUUUUUAUAUCUGUAAAUACGAAAUUAUGUUAUUUGGUGGUUUUCUUUAGCUUCAGAACCAAAAUAUUUCUUAAUAACUACAAUGUUUUUCAAUUAAUUAAUACUGAUUUUUAAAAAAAGUGUAUUUUCCCAGUCAAGUCAUUUGUUCUCAAUAAAAAUUUAUCCAUCGAGUCAAUCAAAAAUGUACGCUGUAUGAAUACGAUUUUGCGUCAUUUCUGUAUAUUAAAUUUGCUCUAUCUGUGCAGAAGCAAACGCUGCCUGAUAGCAGAAAAAACUGUCCACAAGUAGUAUCUUUUAUUACGAAUUUCCUUGUAUGAUUUUCAAUAUCUCUUAUUACAACCCAGGACUUGUCAACAAAAAAUAAUCUACGAUCUCGGCGGAACUGAUUCUCCUCGUAUGAUCCAGUUCCGUAUCAUAGGCAGAGAGGUGUCCACCGAUAUAUUCAGGCCAAGACUAAUAUCGUAAAAAGAUCAAAAUGUUUACAUUAACUGAUCCCAGAGUAGUGACCACUGUGGCUUCCAUAUAGGCCUUAUCUAUUGGUUAAAUAUAACAUUAUAUUACCACCGUUCUGCUCUUUUGAUUCUGUGGUUGUAAUUGUAACUAGUCUUUUUGAACUAUUUGUUUAAUUCUAGUCGACCAAGUUAAGCAGGAAGAUUAAAAAACAAGCUCUUAGUUUUCAAGAUCUUUAUAUCUUGUGGAUACAACUCAAAUUUGUAUGCUCAGUAUAUUUUUCAGUUAGAAGCAAUCUGAUUAAGACGUUUUCCUUGAUAGCCCUGUUUAUCUGGUGUAUUUGAAAUUGUUAGUCAUCGUCGUUGGCAGACGAAAUAUGGAUUUUAGGGACUAUAUUUACUAGUGAGGUUUUUGUCAUGAAAAUACUUCGUAACAUAGAUAAAGUCGGCGAAAAAAAACACUGAGAUGCCUCGACCAAUUGAUCGACGAGCACUGAAGUACAUUUAGCUUCUGAAAGCCUUAACUGGAAUAGACAAUAAACAGUCAAUAGAUGGUCAACUAGUUUUCAGUACAACGAAACCCAUAGAACACUGGCAUGAUAUUGAUAAACUGAAGAUUAAUAAUGAAAAAUCAUCUUGGAGUUACGGGUUACCAACAGUGUGCAGAACUUGAGAUAUUAGACAAAAUAUUUGAUCUAUGAUAAUAUGUAUGUACAUUUGUGUGUUUGUGUAAAAUAGUGACGAAACGAAAAUAUCCAAUGUCAUUUCGUAAAUAGAUUUCGGAGGUAAUUGUCAGAACACCCUGAACUUAGAUAUUCAUCAAAAAGGCUUGCCGGCAGUCGUGAGGAAACUGAUAUUUCUUAGUGGCUUGUAACCCUGGCUACUCAGUUUCACAUUAUGAGAUGUUACCACUGGGCUUUUGUAGUUGUGAGUGACUUCUCAUAGGACUGAGAUUUCUACAUUAGUUGGUUACUGAGAAUUGGUAGUUAUCGCCAGGACUUCGUCCAACCACUUAACAUCAAAACACAAUGCACGCAAUGUCAAGUCACUAAGACUAGUUGCCACGGUGCGACUUGAUAGCAUUUGAAUCUCUUAACAACAUGCUUUAACAAAAUACCUUUAAAUGACAAUUUAAAAUGAUUUCACUUCUAGAUUUAAAAAAUGUCUAGACUUGCUUAAAAAUCGAAUAUACAGUUUGCAAAGAUCGUAGGUUUUCAUUGACAUUUUAAACAAACGUGAUUGUGUUUCUAAUUAACGCGAUUAAUUUUUUCUGCAACAUUUCGAUUUUUCCAUUGAUCAAGUACACGCUUUUAAUUGUGUCUAAUCAAUUAAUAUAAAGCAUCAAGUGUUGAAACUAUUGAACAAAUACAGUAAAGCAAUAAACCGAAAAGAAAAUGUAAAUUUACUUUGUAAAAUAAAACUGUGGGCGUAUAGUGAUGAUGAGUCAUAAAUAACGUUAUAAAAAGGGAAAUAGCUUUUCAGAGUCAUCCGCUUUCUAGAGUUUACACUUGCGUUGAACAUUGUACUUCGAUAACAAUAAUGUGAAAGUCCGAGCCACUUUAAAUAGAUUCAGUAAACAAUCCCAUUUAUGGUUGCAUUUCGAAAUAAAUUAUUUAGACUUAUGAUGCUCGAAACCAAUAAUAAACUUACAUAAAUUCUUUUUUAUCUAGCAUGCACUUCACAUUCAAAAAUACAGAUCCAUUUAAUAAACGGAUGUAAAAUAAAAUGUUUGAUUUUUUAACAAACAUUCAUUUAAUAGUUGAGACUAUGAGUCAAUUGAAGCUAGGUCACCAUGGGAAACCUGGAAGCACUGGUCGACCGUUUCGUCUUAUUAUGGGACUCCUCAACAGUGCACAUCCACGAUCCCGCCUCACGAGAUUCGAACCCAAGACCUGUCGGUCUCUCGGGCUAACGCUUAACCUCUAGACAACUGAGCCGGCAUCCGACAGUGUUAAUGUCUAACUUCAACUAAUCCACGAAGUUGAGCGACACAUUCACCAUUAUCUUUAGUGAGUUACUAUCUCACAACAGACCCGGUUGAACUCCACUGGUCACUGCUUCUCACUAGAACUCCAGGAAAUACCUGAAGUAUUUUUCUAAUCUUUUUUUACAUUUAGGCAGAAAGUAGAUUGAUUUUUUUAGAAAAACAUCAACAAAGUAUUAUCCACAAUAAUUUUUAAAAUGAAAAUCAACGCUGAUUUUAUUUUGAUUGAUGUUUUAUGUUAUUGGACUUCGAUGUUUAUUAUUAUCAUUAUUAUGUCUAAACAAACUAGUUAGAUGUACUAAUUGAUAGACGAGAAGAGUAUAUAUCUCUUCUGUACUUUUGUCUGAAAAAAUGUUCAAUCGUCAAAUUCUCCAUCAUAAUCAGCAUAGUAUCAUUAAGGAAUCAAAUAGUUACGGUUUUAUUAAAGAUAAUGUUUUCAUUACUGUCUGACGUCAAUAAAAACCUGUGAGUAUUGGACGGCUGUUUUCAUUCUAAUUUAAAUCAUCUCAGAAUUAUAUGACCAUAAAGCCACAAGCGGUCGAAUUCAAGACAUCUAAGUAUCAUGAAGGGUAUGAUACUUUUGAACUAUUUUGCUAAUAUCCGGUGGUCUACAUUAUUAGGUUCAGUUAGUUCUCCACAUAGUCCUACAAUUAUCUUAACUGCACCACUGUUCCAACACAAUUGAAAUCCACCUGUCAUUGUUUUUCAGAAGAAAUUUAUGAACCUAUCGUGAAGCUAACCUUCUGUUCAUACACUAAGAAAUCUGAAACGUUUAUGUCUCACAAUAAGAUUCUAUUUACUGAAGUUGAGCAUCAAUUUCGUAUCAUUUAUGGAUUUACGCACGAAAUCGAUCAGUAUAUCGUUUUAGAUUCUUUUUUAAAAUCUACAUAUUACCAAUAAUUCCACCUAAUUUUGUAUUCAUCCGUGUGAAAAUGAUCCUCCAUUUUAUUCUUGUAAACGCAUAUUUAAUGACUUUACGUAUCAUAAAAGCAUGCCCCGAAAAUUGUUUACAAAUAUUUAUUUCUUGCACAAUGAUGAAUACUAAAAUAUACAAUAAGUUAGUGGUAAUCAUCCCCUCGAAGACAUUUUUUUCUCUUCCUCAUAUGGCUAAUGCCUAUUACGUAGU